AUGUUGGCUCCCAGCACUGCGACGCUGGGAGCGCUCCCGAACUACAUCUUCGACCGCGUCUUUGGUCCAGAGGCAUCUCAGCAAGAGGUCUACGAGACCGUUGAUCCGGUGGUGCAGGAGGUCCUGUCCGGCGGUGGCAAUGGGUGUAUCUUGUGCUACGGGCAAACAUCUGCAGGCAAGACCUUCACCGUGGAGGGCUGCGAGGGCGAGCUGCGAGGCAUCAUCCCGCGGACUUUGGAGGCAGUCUUCGAAGACUUUCUUCCAUCCUGCCAGGAAGAGGUUUCCGUUUCCGUGUCCAUGCUCGAGAUCUACAUGGAGCGGCUGAGGGACUUGCUGAGCGACGGGGCGGAGCUCUCGGUGGCAGAGGACCGACACCAGUUGCACCUGACAGCCGGCGCGCAACACAAGCCGCUGGACCUCCUCGUUCAAUAG